GGGGGCGGCAUGGAGGCCAUCUGGCUGUACCAGUUCCGCCUGAUCGUCAUCGGGGACUCCACGGUGGGCAAGUCGUGCCUGAUCCGCCGCUUCACCGAGGGCCGCUUCGCCCAGGUCUCCGACCCCACCGUGGGCGUGGACUUCUUCUCGCGCCUGGUGGAGAUCGAGCCCGGCAAGCGCAUCAAGCUCCAGAUCUGGGACACGGCCGGCCAGGAGCGCUUCAGGUCGAUCACCAGAGCCUACUACAGGAAUUCAGUGGGCGGCCUCUUGCUCUUUGACAUUACAAACCGCAGGUCCUUCCAGAACGUUCACGAGUGGCUAGAAGAGACCAAAGUGCACGUGCAGCCGUACCAGAUCGUCUUUGUCUUGGUGGGUCACAAAUGUGACCUCGACACUCAGAGGCAGGUCACCCGGCACGAGGCAGAGAAGCUGGCUGUCGCCUACGGCAUGAAAUACAUCGAAACCUCCGCUCGGGAUGCUAUCAACGUGGAGAAGGCCUUCACCGACCUCACUCGAGACAUCUACGAGCUGGUUAAAAGGGGAGAGAUUACCAUCCAAGAAGGAUGGGAAGGGGUGAAGAGCGGGUUUGUCCCAAAUGUAGUGCAUUCUUCAGAAGAGGUGGUGAAAUCCGAUAGGCGGUGCCUCUGCUAGAGAGGAGAAAUGAUGCUGAACUUUACUAACCAAACAUGCCCUGCUAAAUGAACUUGGUGGGAUGGAAGAGAAGGCAGAAGGAGUGUGGUGAGCUGUGUUGCACAGUGAUUGGACCUCAGAAGAAUAGAACUAAGGAGGGAACAGGGAAGGAAACCCCCGUUUGUGUAGGGAUAAAGACCGAUGCAUGCUUAUUCGGUAGGAGAUGGGCAGUGUAAGGAAAGGUCAAAUAGGGAAGGUAGGUAGAUGCCAGGGAGCUUUGAAUAUAGGUACCCUGUUUUGAAUAAACUUGUUAAUUCAGUACUUUGUGAUGAGGCCACGGUUUGGAAAAAACCAUAUACAAAACUAUAGAACUUAUACAGAGUAAGGGGGGAAAUCUGGGCUUGUGUCAAUACUAUAUUUUAGAAGGAUUAAAGUCCCAACACAAUUGCCAUUGUUUUACAAUACCUCAGUGGUAAAUGCAAAUAGAAAACAUAUUUACAGAUGCUCCAUGGCAGUCAUAUCUGUACCUUACAGCAAUAUAGGCUAUUUUCGGGAGGGGGGGGCCGAUUUGCUCCACCUUGGUUUUUGUAUUGUUUUCAAGAGCAUCUACAUGUCAUCAUUCUCUAUUCAUCUUGAUUCUGUUUUUCCUCCCACGUUGGUGCAAUCUGUUCUAAUCCUGGUUUGCGGAUUUUUUUAAAAAGAUCACUAUCAAAGUAUCUUUGGAUGCUAUGUGGAUGAGGAAGUGGAUGUUUUGCACGUCCUGCCCAUAUUGGAGCCACCCUCCCAGGGCACUGGAGUAUUUUUUCAAGUUGUUAAAAAAUACGAAUAGGUGCAUUGCUGUAACAUUGCAAUAUUUCAACAAUCUAUUGCAACAACGUGCUAGUUCUCAGCUUUCAUUUUUUAAAAGUCUAUAGCCUUUUUAUUGCUGAAGUGGAAUGGGGAGAGCACAGCCUGAACAUUUCCCCCUGUAACUUUAACCAAGAGGGCUAGAAACGUACUUUUUUAAACAAUAAAAGCCAGGAAUUACUACAUUCUUGCAAUAGAUUAUAUAUAGCAGUGUGAUAGAUUUUCAGUUUUUAAAAAAGUCUGGAAAAGCCCUCUAGUGGCAGGGGUGAGGCAGAGGGAUGGCAGUCAAAGAGGGCUGAGGCAAAGGAAGUGCAGGGAAAACUUGAGAGGAGGGGCGCUUCUUUGCACAGCAAUGAGAGCUACGCAAAGAACCAUCUCUAUAUGGAAGCAGCCAUAGAUUAAACCCCAUUGCCUGUUUGUUUUUUGAAAUAGAAAAGGGGAAGUGUUAGAUCAUUAAAACAUAAACGAAACAUGGUAGAUGUUUUCUUACUGGGCCAAUUCAGUGGCUCUAGUUUUUGACUAUUUAAUAGACUGACAAUUUCUGUUAACUUCUUUAGCUUUGAACUGGAAAUGAUGUUGAAUUCUGCAUUUACCCUAAAAUCAGAACUGAAAAAUUGUGAAUUCAUGCCACAGUUCAUAGAAGGGAUAUUUGUGUGGCGUUGCUUAAGGCUUGUUGGCCGAAGAAGCAGUAUCGUUAAAGAUGGGAUAUUGCUGCAAUCCAGUUUUGCUCCUAAUAAAACAUCCAGCUGUCUUGGCCACUUUCCAAGCUACUUCCCACCAGCAAAAGAAAAAAAGUAGUAACCCUAAAUUGUAGACACCAAAGACCGGUGAGCAAGAUUUGGGCCCUUUCGCACCUUAAUGACCAACUAGAUUUCCAGGGUAUGAGCUUUUGAGAGUCAGAGCUUCCAGUUAUAGGUACCUCAGGAGUUAGGAAAACAUUUUCUGCUCCGAGAACAUUUUGUUUAUUGGCAGGAGAGGGACAUGGCUUAAGAAAAGGCAGUGUGAUCAGUGAGCGCAGCAGAAAAGUGAGGAUUGGGGCAAAAAAUGGGUUAUUUUGAAAGGAUGGGAAGGCCAGAUCUCCCCUGCACAGCUUUAAAAAGCUUUCCUUUUUCAGGGUUGGCCAUUUUGUAUUUUGUUUUAAGUAAGCAAACCUCCAGAGUAAGGCAAGGUGAACCACACAGCUAUUCUGUAUAUCUAGGGAGAAAUCAAUGUGUUCACAGGAUAUAUGGUGACAUUUGUGUGAGUCUGUGUAUCUCAUGUAUAAGGGGGUUAGAGAAGGAAUCAAUGGAACAUGCUGGGCCUCUGGAAGCAGGGAGAGACACAAGUUGUUUGUGAACUUUUAAUGACACUGUAUAAGAUUGCAUCUUUUUAAAACCCAGAUGAACCUGUGUAUUUUCAGGAACGCUUUUAUAAUUUUAUCAUUUCCAUAGGAUUUUUUUAGCAAAAUACCAUGGCUGUUCCUCUGCAAAGGUGCAGGCAGAAAUAUACUACAAGAGAAACGAUAAGAGGACACUGAAAUCCAUCAUCUGUUCUUGAAGUUUCAGCAGAACUGGGAAGGGUAGAUCUGGGCAAAUUGUCGUGCUAAUCGGUUGACUGCUGAAAAUGAAUCACAGUCACUUCAUCGUUUGUAUACCAGUGUCUAGUGUGGGGCGCGGAGAAAAGGCACGUGAGGACUGAUUUAGAAAUGAUCUCUCAUGGUGAGCCGCUCCUUUUGAGCCCAGUUUAUAGCAUGCUUGUGGUCAUGUGACAAUUUUGCAAGCGAUCAUGUGACAUUUUACCAUAGGCUGAGAUCGCCAGAGGGCAGGCUGUGGUUUAAUUGACCUUUACAGGCUUAUAGUGGUAAGUCUGUGGUUGGCCCACCUGUGACCACUUUGCAAGGGGGUGGCGUGACAAAUAUCAUUUCCCUCUGCAAAAAACAGUCAUCCUAUUCAUCUACUAGCCCAUCCUACUUCCGUUAGUAUCAAGAGAAACUUUUUCCCAUGUGGGGAUUAUAUAACUCUGAUACAGUAGAUGAAAGGAACUCUGCUCAGGCUCAGAGGCAAAUUAUUCGAUUUCUUAGGACUUCACAAGGGUCAGGGCUGAACUUAGGGAUCAAAACAGGACUACAACCUGGUUUGUGGCCCAAAUUAAGUUUUACCUGCAGCUAUUUGCAAGAGCCCAGAACAAGACUGGAAAUAAUACAUUUCCUUCUUUUCCAAGACUUAAUAGGGUAAAAAUGCAAAGGGGGGGGUGAAAGGUCAGGACUAGAGAUGAGCGUGAACCGAAAUAUGAACCAAAGCUCGUCACAAACUGAGCUGGUUUUUGGUUUGCGAACCAGCAGUUCGUCAAAGCUCAUUUCUGAUGAACCAUUAUGAUUUUUAGAGUGGUUCAUUUUUCGGUUUGUCACUGCAGACAGCCUGGCACCGAUCAAUCCGUUACUUGGGCAAUGGGGGGAUGGGCUUUCUGCAGACCUCCUGCCGCCCUGCAAGUGAUGAACCAAACAAACCGGUUCACGAACCGGGCAAGUUCAUGGCAGUUCAUGGUUCACGAAACGUGAUGAACCAAAAACCCCCAAAAAACGCCAUUUUCUCAGUUCGUGCCCAUCUCUAGUCAGGACUGAAGGAAAACCUCUCUUAAGAAAUAUUAUUUUAGAAUGACGUGACAUUAAUUGUACUAUAAGGAUGUUUGCUUCCGUGCUUUUUCUCUAGAAUCAUGAAUUUCCUGUUUCAGCAUAAUUCUGUGGUUUUCAUACUUUCUAAGCCCCCAAAGGCUAACUUUUCCUGGAAAAAAAAAUCUCAGCGCUGAUUGUUUCUAUUUAGGUUUUUUAAAACUAUUUGGCAAAUGAUUUGCAUCACUACCUUACAAUGCAGCAGAUAGCAGUUCCGUCUCUACAACAAACUAUCAAUCUUGCCGCUUUUGCAUCAGCCAAAGCUAAAGAACUGACAUGUUUCUACGUCAUAAAUAUACCAAACAGUAACGCUGAGUUUGUUAACCCAUUCAUAAUGGCUCCGAUCCACAGGUGGCUCCCCACGAAAAACAAGGCUGCUUCCGCAAGUAAAAAGCCGUGUUUGGAGCCAACCCAGUCGGUCCAAUUAAUACGUUCUAUCAAAUCAGACUGUUGGUUCAUCUAGCUCAGUAUUUAGUCUGACUGGUAGCAGCUCUCUGUGCUCUAAGGCAGAGCAGGGUCGUUGCCAUCAUCUGCUACCCAAGUUCAUUUUAACUGGACAUGUGAAGGGGAGAUGUGACUGUGGAUCUAUCUGCAUUUAAAGCAUGAACACACGGAGGUGCCUUCUGCCGAAUCAGACCUUUGAUCCAUCAGAGUCAGUCCUGUCUACUCACACUGGCUGUGGUUCUUCAGGCGGAUCUCUUCCACAUCACCGACAACCUGAUCCUUAACUGGAGUUGCAGGGGAUGGAAGCUGGGAUCUUUGCAUGCCAAGUGGAUCUCUACCACUGAGCCAUGGCCGAGCACGCAAACUCACCACCACCCCUCACAUAAAACAUUUUUCUCCCACAGCUUCAGACAUUUUGCAUUAUUAUCAAGAGAUAUGGAAGAUGAUGGCAAAAUAUUCUUAACCUUGACCUGACUUUUUAACACUGUAAGCCUCAUUAAAAAUCCCACCAUCAAGUGAAUACUCUGUGAUCUUGUGAUGCACGUUCAAUUUUUUUUUGAGAAGUCAAGCUUAGACAUGGAAAGUUUGGUUGUUACCUGGUACUUCUACACAGAUUUCCUGCACAUUGAGGAAGAAUUGUGGUUCAGGGAGAGUGCAUGACCCCAGGUUCAAGCGUCUCCUUAAGGGAUCACCAAUCUCAGGCACUGGGUGGGAAAGCCACUGCCAGGCAGAGUAGAUCAUACUGAGCUAGAUGGACCAGCGGUCUGACUCUGCACAAAGCAGCUUCAGACGUUCGCUGCUGAAGUCAAUAAAUAAGGCCGAAGAACAGCAAAGUUGAAAUGCUCCUGUGUAAUUCUGCAUCAAGGUAUAUCAUCCAUGAUGUGAGCAGAUUUCUUUUAUCCGUCCCUGCAUUUACUCCUUCUACUGUAAGAGAUGUUUUCCUAACAAAGCUCUGCCCCAAAUGAAGAUCAUGCCUAUGGAAAAACUAUCUCCCAUUUAGAAAGUUAAGGAAGCAAUCCUAAACAGGUUUACUUAGAAGUAAGUCCCAUUUUAGUCAAUAGGGCUUCCUCUCAGGAUACAUUUAUACUGUAUCAUGUAUUAGAAUGUCAAAAGGCAGUACAAUGUAUAGGAAAUAUAACUACUUAAAAGAAAGUUUAUAUUAAUUUUGAUCAAAAACCACGGUGUCAUUGUUUUCUAAUGCCUUACAUUUUUAGGCAGCUUAUUCAAAUAAACAAUGGGGGGGGGGCUUCUGUAAAAAAAUGACAAGAGGCUUGACUUUCUAAGAUGAAAAACCUCAUGUUUUUCUUAACUGGUUUUAGUGUUUUGACUACUACAGGAGAAACUGAAGGCUGAUAGUUAAAGAAGCUUUUUUUGCUCUUGGUAAAGAUAAACUAAAAACAAACCUAAUAAUUAAAAAUUCACAAUCUAAGUCUGCAUGCUGGAUUAAAAUUUCUCAGAAACUCCAGAUUUAAAUUCUACUGUACACUUUUCCUAGCUUUGUGUUAUAUGCGCUGUAAUGAAAAUGUGACAAAUAUGCUGUAUUUAGCUGUGUGUGGAUGAAAAUUAUGCUUGUAUCUAGCAAAAUGGUUAAUGUGAUUGUGUGAAAUUCAAAAUCUGUAAAGAAAAAAACCCUGUAGUUUUGUUUCCUCUUCUUCUACCAUUUUCCAUCCAAUAUCCAAUAAUUGUUUUACAUUCCACAGUAACCAUGACAAAAAAAAUCCAAUACC